GCGCUGAGACAGUCGCACUUGGGCGCGCGAGUGGUCUCCGCGGCUUGGGCUCCUUCUGGCGCCGCUUCAGGGGCUUCCAUCCCGGGUCGGUCUCGGCGGGCGUUGCUAGCUGCGCUCCAGCCGGCCCCACCGUGGACUACGGGACGGCGCUCGCUGUAGGGAAGGGUUUUUCGAGAGCUUCCCAACUCCAACCGCUUGCUUUUUGCCUCGAUUUCCUUACCUGUGAAACAGUACCCUAGGCAUUUUGCAUAAGUAAGCCUAAGAAACUUUUAAACUUCCAAGAAUAGAGAACAUCACUACUACAAGAAGCAACCAUGCCUGGGGAAGGAGGAAAAUCAGAUAUGGAUCGAAUUGGCCUGUUUAGUGAAAUGGAAUAUAUUACUAUUGGGGACAGAUAUAUAUCACCAUAUAAUCGACCUUUUAAUGAAGCUGCUGGCAAAAAUAGACAGAUGCUGCCUGGGGGUAGUAAAAUGAUGUCAGGUCUACAACAAGGUUUCUUUGAACCUCAGUUUUUAAGGAUAUUUGAAGGUGAGGGCUACGUAAGUCUGAAUCAAUUAAGGAGGCGAUAUAUGUUAGAAGAAGCCAAAAAAAAUAUAAGCAAAGCCUUCCUUCCCAGUAAUGGAGAAAAAAAAGCAUGUGGAUUGGGCACCUACUUUGGAACGAUAGGUGGUCCGGUUCCAUUCUUCAGUGCCCAAGAAAAACCCAAAGAUAAAUAUGUUGCUCCUGGAAAGAAUUUGUACACAAGCCCAGGAAAGAAAGGGACUGGAUAUGGCUAUGCAAAUAUUACCAUAGGUAAACAGUUCUCACACUCGGUUGAUGCGUACGACACAGCAAGAGCAAAUCUUCAGAAAGAGACUGAAGAUCACCACCAAUUAAUUAAGGGAUCACCUUUCAAGUUAAAUCUCUUUCCAAGAGAUUAUUUUGACAGUAAUCCUUACGCCUUUGAGAAACCUUUGCCACCACUUAACAAACCAGAACUGCCAAAAGCAAUUGGAACACCUUUUAAACCACCUUCUCCUCCUAAAAAGGCAGGCGGUAUGAAAGCAGGAACAUUUGAUCCUUUCCCUACAUAUACCAAUGACCAAUAUGGGAAAAAAAUUCUGGAUAAAAGUGUUGCUAAAGCAGGCAAUAUUUUCCAUCCAAGCAGUGGACCAAAAAGCCGGCCAGUGUCAAGCAUAAUGUCUGCCAAUGUCAAAAAGUCAUUAAAUUCAAAGAAUUACCUGACUGCAUCUAUACAGUCCUACUAGUACAUGAGAGAAGAAACUUCUUCUGAUCACCUGAGUGACAGUAAUUCUUUAGCAAUCAUUUUUUAAAUAAAAUUAAGGAGUGUUUGUGAAAGUGGCAAUUCAGAUAUGCAAGACAAAUUUUAAUCUUUUAUCAUUUUAAUGUCUUGAAUGUAAAUUUUUAUAAUUAAAUAGUAUCA